GGAGGCGGGGAGGGAAAGAUGAGAAGCCGGGCGGACACCAAAAAAAGUUAGCUCAGCGCCCUGUUCCGGACUCCUCCGGUCCUAGAGCCGGGCAGGGGCUUCGGUGGCUUCCGCUGACCCCAAAUCCAGGCCCCCUGAGGGGAGCACCCGCGAUUGGGCGUCGGGGAGUCCGAGCCUCAGCCCGGGAGGGGGCGUGACCCGCGUGGAGCCUGGCGCUAGGACUCGGGGCGACGGUCCCCGGCCGCUAGAGAUUGGGGAGCACUGGGAGAGCUCGAGGUAGGGGACCAAGGGAGCGGGCUCGUGUUCGUGCGCGGCCUCGUGCGCGGCCAUGGCGGGCGAGGCGCGCGCAAUGCUCAGCCUCUUGCUCCCGCUGCUGCUGCCCCCGCGGGGCGCGCGUGCGCAGUACGAGCAGUACAGCUUCCGCGGGUUCCCGCCCGCCGCGCUGGCGCCGCUCGCCUCCGCCUACGGCCGCGCGCUCGAGCUGUACGAGCGCGGCGCGUGGCGCGAGAGCGCGCAGGGGCUGGAGGCGGCGCUGCGGCUGCACCGCUUGCUGCGCGACAGCGAAGCCUUCUGCCACGCGCGCUGCGGCGGCCCCGGCGACCCUGGCGAGCCCGACGGCGACGAGCCCUGGGCGCAAGAGCUACGGCUCUUCGGCGCCGUCCUGCAGCGCGCCGCCUGCCUGCGCCGCUGUCAGAGCGAGCUGCCCGCCUUCCGCGUGCCCUACCCGCCGCGCCAGCUGCUGCGGGACUUCCAGAGCCGCCGGCCCUACCUGUACCUGCACUAUGCGCUCUUCAAGGACGAUCGAUUGGAGAAGGCAGUGGCCGCAGCAUACACCUUCCUGCAGAAGAACCCGAAGCACGAACUGACCGCCAAGUACCUGGCCUACUACCGGAGCAUGGUGGAUGUCGACGAUGAGUCCCUCACCGACCUGGAGGCCCAGCCCUACGAGGCCGUGUUUCUCCGAGCCGUGAAGCUCUACAACAGCGGCGAUUUCCGCAGCAGCGCCGAGGACAUGGAGCGGGCCCUGGCCGAGUACCUGGCCGUCUUUGCCCGGUGUUUGGCGGGCUGCGAGGGGGCCCAGGAGCAGGUGGAGUUCAAGGACUUCUACCCAGCCAUAGCAGAUCUCUUUGCAGAGUCCCUGCAGUGCAAGGUGGACUGUGAGGCCGAUCUGACCCCCAAUGUGGGUGGCUACUUCGUGGACAAGUUCGUGGCCACCAUGUACCACUACCUCCAGUUUGCCUACUACAAGUUGAAUGACAUGCGCCAGGCCGCCCGCAGUGCUGCCAGCUACAUGCUCUUUGACCCUGGGGACAGCAUCAUGCAGCAGAACCUGGUGUUCUACCGCUUCCACCGAGCGCGCUGGGGACUGGAGGACCAAGACUUCCUGCCCCGGGAGGAGGCCGCACUCUACCACAACCAGACAGCCGAGCUGCGGCAGCUGCUGGAGUACACGCACACACACCUGCAGGCUGAUGACGAGAUGGAGCUGCAGGAAGCAGAGCCACCAAUUGAGCCCGAGCGGCCCCCAUCGGAUGCAGAGUUUGAGGGUCCUGGGGACUACGAGGAAGGGCUCUAUGCGGACUGGUGGCAGGAGCCAGAUGCCAAAGGGGAUGACGCCGAGGCUGAGCUGGAGCCUGACCUGGCAUGAGGAAUCCCCCGGGGGGGUCACCACACCCCUUGAAAGCUCAGGAAGCCCAAGUGGCAGCCAGGACUAUUUAUGAAAACCUGACCGUGGACACAGCUGGCCUGUCUCCAGUUGCAGAGCGCACUGCUGCCUCCUGUGUCCAGAGCACAGGACCUCCCUGGGCCAUGGGCAGGGGCCAAUGGGACCAGGUCCUCCUGCUUCCUAGAAGACCUCCUGCAGCAGUCCCCGCCCGAGUGGCAAAGGGACACCGGGGCUGAGCAGCGCAGGAGCAGGCGUGCGGGAAUUCCGUGUAGACAUGGGUGCUCAAUAAACGCUCACUGUGGGGCAAA